CACACAUGGUAAAGGUCGGGUAAAGGUGACUUGCCUUCACUUCGUAUUCCCUAAGCUGGAGUCUAGUCAGUCAUGGGCAAGCAUAAGAAACAUAAGAAGCACCACUCUCAUCCACACAGCCAUGGGUCCAAAGACAUGAGUAUGGCUGCUCCUGAGAUGAAGGUGGUUGUACCUCUGCAGUCACUGUUGGAACCAGAGCCAGCCGACCCCACCCAGCUAUCCGUCUCCAUCCCUCGGACAUUGCUACACCCCUCACACCCUCACAGUACACGCCCCCACACUCCACAACAGACGUCACUUGCUGCCCACUCACAAUCUGAGCACAAAUCUCACAAAAAGCACAAGAAGAAGCACAAGAAACGUUCUCUCGAAGAGUCAGCUCCCCCCAGCGAGCCUCAACAGCAACCACCCAAAAUAGCACCCCUCCGACUUCCUGUACCUAAAUCUGACCCCCCACACACCCCACAACCAUUGGAUCCCGCCCACACACACACUAGGCACUCCAAGCACAAGCACAAGCGAUCCCGAGACUCAAUGGAAGGCAGUGAUCAUUAUGAUUCAAUACUCGAGGCCCCCAAAUUUAAGCGACCCAAAAUAGGAUUCCUCCAAUUAGGAGAGGGGAAUUCCCCUGAGGCCGAGAAAAGGCUUGUCACACCACUCCACCUACAACUGCCACCAGGCGGUAGUCAUGACGGACACAAGCACAAGAAAAAGAAGAAAAAACACAAACACUCUAAAACAUCUGUGGACGAAAUUGCUUGGGAGAUUUCAAAAAGCUCUGAACAAUCGCUAGUACCAUCCCCUCAGCCGUCUCCUAUUAAAACCAUGCCCUCUGAACCCAAGGCUACACCCACUAAGAUAGACCACCCCCCGAUACAAAGUUCCCCUGGCAAACAGAUGCGACUUUUACGAGGACUAGAGCAGUCCAUCAGAGGCAAAGAGGACACAACGACAACGACUAAGAAGCAGGCUGUGGUGGUACCAAGAGAGAGACCGGUGGAGGUGGUCCAGUUGACUCCGCCCACUCCAGUAGCCCCGGCUAAGAUAAAGGUCCCUCAAGUUAAACUCUCUGAAAAUGCUCUCAAAUUUUUCCUGAAAAACCUCCAUCAUCUUAUUCAAAAACGAGACCCUGAGGGCGUGUUUGGUGAGCCGGUAACAGAUGACAUAGCACCUAACUACUCCACUAUCAUAUCCCAACCUAUGGACCUCACCACCAUGGCCACCAAGAUAGAGACCAGCCAGUAUCCAUCUGUCAACGAGUUCAAGGCUGACUUUGAGCGGAUGUGUGGCAAUGCACUCACCUACAACGGCCCUGACACAGCCUACUAUGGUCUGGCUAAGACUCUGCUUAGCAACGGCCUGCAAAUUAUAGCUAAGGAAACGUCUCUGAGACCAGACAUUCUCCAUGGAAGACUAGUGACGGCCAUCGACGACAGGGGUCAAAGUUCAUCUCCCCUCCCAUCAUUGACGACAUCAUUUCAUCUCCCCUCGUCCACCAACUUGACCUUUGACCACACGAGCCCCUUCCUCUGUCGCCUGCCCCUCUCGUUAGUGAAAGGCACUACAGAUGAUAAUAAUGUCGUGGAUGUUAUUAGUAGUCUCGGGGAGAUCAAGGACCAGAGUCACCUGACACGAGUAGAGGUGGGCGUGGCGUGUGAGGGGGUGGAGGUGGGUGUGGCACGUGAGGGAGUGGAUGAGGAAGUACUCGAUGAGGUGUGUGACGCAGCGGAGGCAGUAAAGGAGAACUUGGAUGUUAGCUAUCCAGGGUCAAAGUUCUGUUUUGUCAACCGUAACGAUGCAGGGAGAACAAUGCUUAACAUUCUAGACCCAGAGUCAAGCACAGUGGACUACAGCAAGCCAAUCGAUCUAACCCACCUGGGCAACAAAGUUCGUAUGGGAAACAACGCUGCCACUGUCCUCAAGACAGAGCUUCCAAUGAUGAAGGCCACCCCAGUCUCCUACCUCAUGUACGGGCCCUUUGGCUCCUUUGCUCCAGCUUAUGACUCUGCCUUCGCUUCUCUGGCUAAAUGUGACUCAGAUCAGCUACUCACAACGUACGGGAAUGAAUUGGGCGUUAGCUACGCACACAGUCUGCAACAGUUUGUAAAGGGGGCGGGCAGUUUUGUAUCGGAGAUGGCCGAUGCCGUCUUGAAUGGUCUCACGAAUGGCAGACACUCAAAGUUUGUGGAGAAAGUGAGAAGCAAGGAAAAGAAAUCGUCGGAGGACAGUAAUAGUUUACCAAUCGAGAAGAAAGUAUUGGCAACCAAGAUAGAGGAGCAGCCUGCCCAUGUGGUGAAGGUUGAGGCACAGUCAACUCCCUGCAGUGUACCCAGUGACAAACCCACAUCACCACUCACAGAUGCAAAAGACGCUAUUACUCAGGACAACAGUCCUACUCAUCUGAGUGAAGAUAAGACGCUUGAAGAUGACAAUGACCCUAAAUCUCCGUUCUCGGUAGAAGAUAUGGCCACAGAGGCAGCUAGCCCGCAAGAUAGCUUAUUGUUGCCCGGGUCACUGCAAGAAUCGCAAGCUACAAGCCCCCUCUCCAGCAGUGGGUCUGUUCGUAGCUCCAGAGGUGAGUCUGUGGAGGCGGGGUCUUCAAGUAGUUCUGUCAGCGGAGAGGACUCACGGAGCUCUCAUGUUUCAACAGAGGAGAGCUCUCAGGAUACUGUUGAUGCCCGCCUGCAGGCCACCUCAGAGCUACUGACAGAGCUACAAGAGGCCCAGACCACUCGUCUCUCCCUCCCCCCUCAACAGAGCUCCUCUGGCCAGCUCCUCUUACCCGGCCCCUCACAAGAUGAGCUGGACACAGCAGCACAAGUCAGGGGACAACUCGCCUCUCUCACUGCACAGGUACAACCAGGAGAGGUGGUUAGUGUUGACUCCUUGCACGAAGCCAUGGGCAUAGCAGACAAAGAAAGAACUCUGACUGAAGAACUUAUGAAUCUGGACAACAAUGCAUGAUUUCAUUUGUGUUGCCUGUGGUUAAACUAAUUAAUCGUAUUCAUUGAAUCUCAUGCUUCAUAUUUUGUGUAGGAAUCAUUAUUACCUAAAAUGGUAAUGUCUUCAAAUGUGUACAUACUGACCACCAUAGUUCAUGUACACCAAUUAGCAAAAAGGAACAACCUAAUAACAUAUAUUAUACAAAACUAGAAUUUGCAAUAAGAUUGCAUACAGUGUAGCACAAUAAUAAGGAUAAAACUGUCCAUUUGUAAAUCAGUCCAGCAAAAAAAUAAUUGAUCUAAAGAGCUAGCUAAGCUACAAUAUUUCUAAAGAACUCGAAUAAGUUAUUUGCCAGUACCAUAUGCAGCACCGCUGGCAG